UGAGAGGCUCAGCUGAGGGCGAGAAAAGCAAUAUUUUUAAAUUUUAAGUAGACGUCAUGGUAGACGUCUUCUACUGACACGUGACACACCCCGGAACUUGGUGACGUAGCAGAACAACAAAGAUGGCAGGCAUAGGAGGCAGCAACUAUUGGGAAGAUCUGCGAAAGCAGGCAAGACAGUUGGAGAAUGAACUUGACCUAAAGUUGGUCUCCUUCAGUAAACUGUGCACCAGCUACAGCAGCUCCAGGGAUGGACGUCGAGGAGACACGUCAGACACCACCCCACUGCUAAACAACUCUACCCAGGACAGGAUGUUUGACACAAUGUCAGUGGAGAUUGAACAGCUGCUGGCCAAACUGACUGCAGUGAAUGACAAGAUGGCGGAGUACACCAACGCCCCGGGCACGGCCUCUCUCAAUGCUGCACUCAUGCACACGCUCCAGAGACACAGAGAUAUCCUACAGGAUUACACACAUGAAUUCCACAAAACCAAAGGCAACUUCUUGGCCAUCCGGGAAAGGGAAGACCUGCUUGGGUCUGUCAGGAAAGACAUUGAGACAUACAAGAGUGGCUCUGGGGUCAACAACAGAAGAACAGAGCUGUUUCUAAAGGAGCACGAGCAUCUGAGAAAUUCGGACCGCCUGAUGGAUGACACAAUAAGUAUUGCCAUGGCGACCAAGGAGAACGUGACCUCCCAAAGGGGCAUGCUGAAAUCCAUACAGAGCAGGGUCAACACGCUGGCCAACCGCUUCCCAACCAUCAACAAUCUCAUCCAGAGAAUCAACCUGCGGAAGAGACGGGACUCUCUCAUCCUUGGCUCAGUGAUCGGCGUCUGCACCAUUCUCCUCCUGCUCUAUGCUUUUCACUGAAAGCCUGGCCUGGUGAAAUCUUUAAUGGAACUGGAUUGCUCUUUGUAGCGUGGGAAGCCCAGGAGACUGAGCUCAGUGAUUGGAGGACCCUUGAGGCUCCCGAGCAGAAAGACAUACAGUUGGUCCAGUUCUUGGAUGGGAACAGAUUCGGCCAACAUGAACUGCUGAACUUGUAUUUAGCAGUGGGACAGAUGGAGGGUUGGUGGUUUGGUGCCAACAGGGGAAGGGAGACCAAAUAGUACAAAUAAGACAAGAUUUAAAAAAAUUAUACUGAUAACUUGCUUGGAGAGAAACUGAGGAAUGUGUGAAGAGACUGCGAAUAUGUGAUGCAUAAUGUUCACAGGUGGAAAGAUUUUAAGUUGAAUGGUCCUUUUUAAUUGAUGGAGUGGAAUGGAUAGUUCAUUGUGGGCUGUAAAAUGUGAAAUAAUAAAUUAUUCAUAUCGGUAUGUGUAAAAAAA